AUGGUUAUAGCUGAUGAAGAAGGUUUAUCAUUUGUGUCAGAUAGACAUACAUCGAUUGCAAAAUCAAUUGGAAACAUCUACCCAUUGGCUAAACAUGGUAUUUGCAUCCACCACUUGAUUAGUAAUGUGAUAACAUAUAAUAAGGGCAGAGGUGUCGCUGGUAUGGUUGCAAAAGCAUCAAAAGCUUAUAGAUUUUCUGAGUUUGAGAAAGAUUUUGCGCGAAUUAACAAUAUUAGUCCUGCUAUUGGAAGUUAUCUAGAGGAGGCUGAUGUGAGAAAAUGGGCUCGCUGUCAUUUUCCGGAUUAUAGAUAUGACAUUAACACCAACAAUGCAGCUGAGUCAAUCAAUGCAGCUUUGAGGACACCCAGAGAGUAUCCAAUAAUUCCUUUGUUAGACAGCAUCAGAGAAAUGAUGACUCACUGGUUUUAUGAGAGUAGAGAGUUAAGUGCAAAACAAAAAGAUCUUUUAAUUGUUGAGGUGGAGAAAAAGAUUUCAAAAAGAAUAGAGAAAGGUAAAUUCAUGAACGGUUAUCGGAUGAGCAGAUCCAUGUUGCAGGUUAAAGCUAAUGGAGUAGACUACAUUGUUGACUUAGAAAGAAGGAUUUGUUCAUGUGUAAAGUUCAGCAUAGGAAAAAUCCCUUGUAGACAUGCUAUAAAAGGAGCUUUUGAUAUAGGCAAGGAUCUACAUCCUUAUGCUGAUGAUGUGUACACCAUUACCGCAUGGAGAUCGCAUUAUGAGGAAACUAUUAAUCCAAUAAGUGUUCCUGAAGAAGAAUGGCGAGUCCCACAACAUGUUGAAGAUACAAAAGUUCGACCACCUGAAACAAGAAGACAUCCUGGACGGCGAAGAAAAAGAAGAUAUGAAUCCGCUGAAGAGAACAUAAAAUCAUCACAAAACUCACAAGGGUCAAAGAGACAUAAGUGUAGGCGCUGUGGCAAAGAAGGGCAUAACAAAACGACAUGUGAUAUCGUGAUAUAA